CGCAGCCGCAGAAUAGUCGUGCGACUCCGGCAUGGCGGGCACCGGGCUGGUGGCCGGGGAGGUGGUGGUCGAUGCGCUGCCGUACUUUGACCAAGGCUAUGAGGCGCCCGGCGUUCGGGAAGCGGCUGCGGCCCUGGUCGAGGAGGAGACGCGCCGCUAUCGGCCGACCAAGAACUACCUGAGCUACCUCAGCGCCCCCGACUAUUCGGCCUUCGAGACUGACAUAAUGAGAAAUGAAUUUGAAAGAUUGGCUGCCCGACAACCAAUUGAAUUACUCAGUAUGAAACGAUACGAACUUCCAGCCCCUUCCUCAGGACAGAAAAAUGACAUUACUGCAUGGCAAGAAUGUGUAAACAAUUCUAUGGCCCAAUUAGAACACCAGGCAGUUCGAAUUGAGAAUCUGGAACUGAUGUCACAGCAUGGAUGUAAUGCCUGGAAAGUAUAUAAUGAAAAUCUAGUUCAUAUGAUUGAGCAUGCACAGAAGGAACUCCAGAAGUUAAGGAAACAUAUUCAAGAUUUAAACUGGCAGCGAAAGAACAUGCAGCUCACAGCUGGAUCUAAAUUAAGAGAAAUGGAGUCAAAUUGGGUCUCCCUGGUCAGUAAAAACUAUGAGAUUGAAAGAACUAUAGUGCAAUUAGAAAAUGAAGUCUUUCAAAUGAAGCAACAGCAUGGAGAAGCAAAUAAAGAAAACAUCCGGCAAGAUUUCUGAAAAGACAAUUUAGGUUGAAAGGAAGGUAUGUUCGGCUCUUACAGAAGAUCACCUCUAAGCUGUGACGGAAGCAGCCUCUCUUGGAAAUCACCAAUGGUUAAGAGACUAUAGGUUGUGGACUGUUAUGUUCUGUUUUUACAUAAAAACUUCAACUUGGUGUGAAUUGUUUUGGGGGAAGGGGUGCUUGGACAAUAAACAUUUUAUAAUUUCAA